AUGAACGCCAAGGAGAUCUUUGCCUGGCGUGCGCAAGAAGAUGUAUGGAUUUUGCAGCUUUUGCACUUUCCUAACGUCUCUGGUGGCUCAUUUGUGGCAUCCACGAGCUCUGGAGGGUUAGCUCUCUUCUCUAUCGCUAAUUUCAACCAGGUACCGCUAAUGGCGAACGAGAAGGCCCACGAGUCCAGUAUAAACAGCAUUGCCAAGGUGAACGAUAAUGUAUUUGUGUCUGCAUCUUCUGAUGGGCUCAAAGUAUGGGAUUUACAUAAGGGUCUCGAGAAACCAGUGGCUUCGUUCACCAAUGCAAAGAAGUCGAACUUCUUAUCUGUGGCCAGCUCCCCUGAUGGUGCACUUGUUGCAGGUGGCACGGAGCUCGUGGGAGUGGAUUCUGAGUUGCAUAUAUGGGACUGGAGGAGCCAGGAGUUGGUGAAGUCUCUUGUAGACUCGCAUCACGAUGAUAUCACCGAUAUCAAGUUCCAUCCGACAUUGACCCACUACUUGAUGUCGGGAUCCACAGAUGGGUAUGUGAAUGUAUACGAUUUGAGAGAAAGUGACGAGGACGAGGCGUUACACCAGGUGAUCAACUACAAUUCCGUGCACACAUGCAAUUUCAUUAGGGAAAGACGUAUUCUGGUGCUCUCGCACAUGGAGACGCUUCUAUUCAGUGAGCUCAACAACGCAGACUAUGAGAACCCACAGGAGCCGCAGCCACGAGAUGUUGGUGAUCUUCGAGUGUGGCCCCACUGUGAAUAUGUUGUUGACGUUAGUCCGUUGGGCUACGCUGCUUUUGGCGCAAACCUGGAGAAGGCUCUCUCGGUGAUGCCCUUCAACUGCAAGACGGAGGAGUUUGACACGAGCUCAAUUGUAAGCUUUCCAGGUGCACAUGGAGAAGAAGUUGUGAGAGACGUUCUACUUGUGCCGGGAAGCAGGUUGGCUAUCACCUGUGGAGAGGACGGAGGUAUCAAGGCGUGGGAGCUUCCAGUCGAGCUUGAAGGUGUUACAGCAAUUGGCGAGCAGAAACCUACAGAGGUGAAGAAAAAGGAUAAGAAAGACAAGAAGAAGGACGGUGAGAAGGAAGAGAGAAAGCGUCGCAAGAAAGAGAAGAAGGAAAAGAAGGAAAAGAAGAAGGAGAGACGUGGGAAAGAUGCGCGGUUCAAGCCAUACUAA